AUGGCAAGUCAGUUGGAGAGAAAGCAAACGAAUCUGAUAGACGUCUAUCAGGACUGCUCGUUCAAUUUCCGGAAACAAACUAGAAAAUUUCGAGACGAAAAGCUUCAGGAAUUCUGUGAUGCAUCACCCGAAAAAUGCCGAAUCAAUCUGAAACUACCGUUGCUAAAACGCGAUAGUGGAGGCCUGCUUGAUGUGAAUUUCGAAAAGCAAUUAGUUGAAAUACUAGAUGAGGUUCGCUAUCUACUCAUGAUGAGUGGCGAGGGGGCCUGUACUAAUGAAUUACCCACGGAAUUUGAGAAAAACAUUGUCUCUACGAUCGAAAAAUUAAAGGAAAAAUUACCUCAGGAAACUAUACAACUAUUUGAGAGAUCUGAUCCUAUUCGGCAAGCGAGACUUAAAUUGAAUCAAAUCUCAAGUGCUUAUAACACCGUACGUCAACGGUGUUACACGGUUGAGUAUCCUCUAAUUUCAACAAAAAUGAAAAAUUUCGAAGAUGCGUUAUCACCAGCUUUUGACCAAAUGAAUUGGGAAAAUUAUGAUAUUGAAUUCAUUGACAAAAACCUGGCAGUUAUAAACGAUUUGAGAAGUAGGGUUCUGUCUGCGCAGGAGAAUCUACGAAGAAUCAGGGAUCUUGCAUCUUCGUGGAGUACUGUCCCAUUGUAUCAGGGAAAGGAAGGAAAGUUUGAUUGCUUAAUCCCAUUGAAGGAUCAAAGAUUGAUUAAGGAAACUCGAUAUCGGGAAAUCCUCAACAUAUCUGAUCAGAUACUUCACAUUGUAGCAGAAAACUUAUAUCUAUAUAACGCGGAUCCAGAUUCUAGGGAAUGGUUGGCCUAUCAGGAAGUGAUGGAAGAUGCAAUAUUAGAGGGCCUCACUGAAGCAGUUCGUUGCAGUCUUGCCUAUCUUGCUGACCACACGGAUAAAACAACGAAUGAUUUGCCAAUCAUGCAAGGAUCUCUUUUAAUUGAGGGAACUCAACUGCAAUUCAAGCCGGCCAUGCACGAUACUCAAGGCGAGAGUCUAAUGGAUUUAAUGGACAACUUAGUUCAGGAUAUUACCGAUCAAUCACGAUUAAUUCCACUUCUCUCCAGCCACCCAACACUUCCAGAUAUCAAGGCAGAAAGAGAAUCUAAGACAGAGAUAAUCAACGAAGAAGACAACACUCCUGAGACAGAGAGCAAAACCAGUAGUGCACAUAUCGAUGAAGAUGAAAAGGAGAUUAAGACAAACAAGGAUACGUCUAUUUCCACAGAAAAAGAUGACAGCAAUAAAAUUGUAUACUCUCAAAUAUCUAACGAUGAAAUACUAAAAACCAUCAAGGAAAGAAAGGGAUUUUCUCAGCUUGUCAUGCAGACACCUGAGAUAGCUGAUCUGAUAUUGAAAAUCACCGACCAUGUCAAUGCG